GAGCAACUACCCACCCGCACCUGCCUCUGCACUGCACUGUACUGCACUUGCAACUGACUGCAUCCCGCACACCGGCCUCGCUCCGAAGCGGCGCAAACUACUAGCACACUUGCACCCACCGACAAGAAACAUCGUCCGUCCGUUCCUCCGUCCACGCUCCUCUUGCUUCUUGAUCCCACUUCCUGCCGCAUUUCCAUUCAAGGCGCCUCCUGCUCCGAGCUGCAUUACAGGAACGCAGCCUCCUCGACCGAUCUUGGACUUUCAUGCAAUACCCAGUGACGGACGCCGGCGUCCCGCAAUCUUCAUUACCAAUCCUCAAUCUAGAACGACGAGCCGGCCUGCGUGCUACCCGCCCCCCUCUCGAACCAUAAUAGUCGACGAACCGCACCCCGUUGUCAAAGUCGACGUCUUUUACAUCUCAACGGCAGCGUUGAUGCACACUCCUCUACAGCGUUUCUACGUUUCGAUCUGCCCAUUACCCAGCGCAACGGCCGUCGGACUCGGCGCACCGCUGCAACGUCAUCCAGAACGCAUUGCGCAAUAAUUCGGCCCAUGCCCGACACGUGCCGGGAUCGCUCUUCAAUGUGAGCGUCAUACGAGAUAUUACACUUGCAUAGCCCGCUGCUCUCGGGACACAAACAGAAGCUUUGCCGGCGCAGGGCUCGAGCGACGACAUGCAAACAGACUCGGCGCCGGGCCAAGACGCUGCGCCCGCAGCCGAGGAUGUCGAGCCGAUAUGGAACCCAACGCCCUCCGCGGAUCAAGUGCGGGACAUUGUGCGACUCUUCCAAUGUCGCAUAUGCCACCUCCCUUACAAUGAGCCCAUAACACUGCCAUGCGGAAGGAGCAUGUGCAAGACGUGUCUGCCUCCGACGCACGCGCGUACAGCCAUCACAUACCCAAACAAUCCGUUUCGGGUGCAGGCUUUCGCAUGUCCUUUCCCGGACUGUGGAAAGGAACAUGUCCUCGACGACUGUGGUGUCGAUGUCGUUCUUAACAAGGCAGCGCGCAUCAUGGCGAACGAGAUCAACAAGAGGCAGACCGAGGCUGCCAACCUCGGCAUUACAACGAACAUUCAGCUCCCACAACCUGAAACAGCCGCAAACGAAACUGCCUUGAGCAGUAGCGAGGCCCAUACGGCAGCUGCCGACAAGAAGCUAGUGAGCGGUGACAGGCUUGUUGCGACCUGGGCCUUGGCAUCGGAAGGAGACUUGAGAUACGAUGUAGGCAUCGAGUUUCCCAAGGACGAUGUCUCCGGCGAGACGCCAACGCAUCCCGAUGAAGCAACGGCAUUCACAACGGAAACGUUGAGCAAGGUCCAGGAAGCCAUGCGCACCGAAAUGGACUGUCAGGUCUGCUAUACCAUUCUCUAUGAUCCUUUAACUACGGGGUGCGGCCACACAUUCUGCAGGCCCUGCUUGCAUCGCGUCCUCGACCACUCGUAUUAUUGUCCGGCUUGCAGACGACGGCUGUUUAUGAGCCCCCUCCUGCACCGGAAUGCAUGCCCGUCGAAUACCAUCAUUCUCAACAUCACCGAGAUUUUCUGGAAGAACGAACUGCUUCAUCGGGAGCGUGUCAUUGCCGCGGAUCGCUUGCGGGAGCUUGAUAAUGUCGAACUGCCCCUAUUCGUCUGUACUCUUGCUUUCCCCGACAUGCCGACCUUUCUCCACAUCUUCGAGCCGCGAUAUCGACUCAUGAUUCGCCGGGUUCUGGACGGGAACAAGACAUUCGGAAUGGUUCUUCCCAAGGAGCACACCCGGCCUGGCGAAAUGCAUUUCUUCGAGCUCGGCACCCUUUUGCGUAUUGUGAACGCGCAGUUUUAUCCCGACGGCCGUUGUCUGAUCGAAACUGUCGGCGUGUACAGAUUUCGCGUUACUAGGUUUGGCGAGCUUGACGGCUAUGCAGUUGGCGAGACGGAGAGAAUUGUCGACGUGCCUUUGGAGGAAGAAGAGGCACUGGAAGCAUCCGAGGUUGGUUCUGACGAAGAAGACUCUCGUGGUAGGUCGCCUCCUAUGGAGGGCGGCACGCGUGGGGAAACGUACGGCACCACAAAUGGUACCAACGGAUCAUCCAACGCGACGACACACAAUCAACGGCAGCCCAGCAGCACAGAAGCAUUAUCCGACACUUCUCACCCCUCUCAGGAGUCGACUGACUGGGUUCCCAAAACGGCAACUGAAUUGAACUGGAUGACGACACAGGAGCUUUUCCGAUUUGCGACUGAUUUUGUGCAGCGUACGCAAGAGAAGAACAUUCCAUGGUUGACAGAGCGCAUGCUCAACAUAUAUGGCCCCCCUCCCCAGGAUCCGGCCAAGUUUCCCUGGUGGCUCGCCAGCACGCUGCCGGUCAACAACGCGGAGAAGUAUCGACUGCUGGGCACGUCGAGUGUCAGGGACAGGUUGAAGAUCUGCGGGACUUGGAUCCUAGAAAUGCAGAAGGUGCAUUGGUAAGUCCUGAUUCUCAUCCCAGUUCCCUUAUCUCCAAAAAGCCCUUUUCCCUUGCGCCUAUUUUGGAGGGUCAGAGAAGGAUUGUUGGCUGAACCCUGAAUUUUGCAGGGCUGCUCUACUGAGCUGACCAACGCUCAGGUCCCUCAAUGGCUGUGUUGUUCUUUGAGCGUUGGCUCACAAUCAUGACGGGUGUGGGCUGCGACCACAUGUUCGAUACUGGGGUCUGACAUUGCGAUGCGAAUGACGGAUGGAAAGAGGCGGAAACUUCAUUUUUAAGCUAAGAGCAUGAGACCGCAGUUGGUGCAGACGAUCAAUGACCCAACGGUCCACAUUAGGGUUGCAUCAUGCGUCCAGAAUCAAAGGUAGUUUGGGGUUGGGACCCUCUGGGGUUUAUAUCACUGGUUUACGAACCAGGUAUCUGCGCAUAUCGCAUUGCAGACAGGCAGGUAUAGCUUGAACGAAAGUUGAAGUUGUUGAUUACGAUCCGAAUCCAUGGAGCCACUUGCUCCUUCACGGGGAACUAGCUCUCGUAUUGCUAAUGCGCAUGCUCACGCUCGCCUUUCCCCCUCCCCCCUGAACCCUAC